AUGUAUCCGAAGCACCUACGGAGUGGUUCUCCGAAACCUCAGGCUAGUACUGCAUCGUCCGCGGCUCCUGAGUCUUCACAGAUAGAUCAGUCUACUGUGAUUGACACGUCUUUCGGCGUGAAGCUUCGCUUUGGGCUGGAUAUCACCUCCCCGGCCGCCUCGCGGAUGCUGGAUGGCCGCAGUCACCGCUACCCUGUAACACAUCCCAAAGUUGAACACUCGACGAAUGAGCAUUCCCUAACUUUGUUGAGCUCCUUUUCGCAAGAUCUAGCUCCUAGUCCAGAACUGACUGCGCUCGCGGUGGCACCGCUUGCACCCCCCGCUUUCCAUGACAUCUCCCAAACGCAGUGCAGGUCCUGUCCUAUCGUCAUUGCACCCAAUAACUUCGGCCGAGAGCCUGACCUCCAGGCUACGCCGAUGCGCCGCCCAAGAACGCGAUCCCCGUCGGUGUGGGCUCUGGCACCACGAUCGUGGCGGCUACUACGGGCUAAAGGAGACCGCCCGAUGGUCACUCUCACCGUACCUUCGCCUCCGGGUGCCCCUCUACCUCUGCCUCACAUUCAUGAGCAACACCUGAACCCGGAGCCCAUGUCUCCUGAAAACGACACUCAGCAGUCACCUCCACCAGAUCAACAUAGACGUCAAUAUUCCAACGUCGACGGAGACGAUCUGGAGUCCGAUGAUGAAGAUGAUAGCUGGAUACCCAGGCAGCGUGUAGAGCAGUAUUCUGUCUCUCAUGACAUCGCCCAAACUAUCUGCUCUGCUGCAAUCGAGGGCGAGUUCAUUCAAGACGAGAUAAUACUCAGGCCCCAUAUCGAGACGCCUCUUCACUGGAAAGAGCAGCGCGACGAGCCUCUCGCCGGGCCCUCAGUCCGUCGCCGUCGCUCUCCCGAUACAUUGGAACUGAGAACGACGUCAUCCUACGAUCGAGUCAACGAACUCAUCCGCGCGCUCAACACCUCGGAGGACCUCACCGACAUCGCGCUGGAGCCACGUCCGCUCCGCUACCGGCGGGUACUUCACGAGUUCAUCAACCCAGGUUUCGAGGCCUUUCAGUAUCGCGGAGGCGUUGGAUUCCUGAACCCGCUCGACACUGCAGUUGACAUGAUUGCGGAGGGCCGGGAUCACGUUAAGGGGCCUAGCGAUGCAGAUCACGACAUCGUGGACAUCAGCGACUCCGAAUCGUCUCAGUUCGAAUCCGACGAGGAGGUCGAACCGGAAAGAGAAAAGUCUAUGGUAUCUCCCACAGACGACCAGGUCCGUAUGGGAGAGCGCAGCCGAGAUAGAACGAAUACAGGCAACUCCUGGCGUAGUCUCGCUACCAGUGAAGAAUAUCCCCAGCUCCCACAUCUACCAUUGCCUCAGACGGUGGCCUCACGCGACUUACCACCAUCACCGGCAUCCGUCUCUGCCGCUCAGAUUCACGAAGCAGGCCGCGUUGGCAGCGCUUUCGCAGAAUUCUCGCUACUGCUACUCCCCAAACACAAGAUGGUCGACAUUGGACGUAUAGCUUAUUACACCAUGACAACCGUACUCCCGUGCAGGCGGUCCAUGCCCCCACAUUUGCAUCAGGGUCAACACGCCAAGUUCCUGCCGACGAACGCGGAGUUGGGUAUGCUUCUCCACAGCACCAUGCCGUAUGGCAGCGAUCUCAGCUACCAACGCACCUACACGAGCUUCAUCAUCGUGACCCCAAGCAACGCACUCGCGAUCCAGAGCAUGACAUGACGUUAGCGCAGACACAGGACUGCAACGUCGAUGCGACUAGGUCCGCCAAAGCAGGGUCGUUGGCACGAUCGCCAAACGCUCCUCGCGCCACACAACAUGCUCUGCGGGCCGGCUCGUCGAACUCUCCUGGAGCAGGGUCGAAGCUACACGGGGACCUAUCGCCUUCUCAGGGUCGACCAACGAAACGGAAGAAGACAUCUUGGGCAGCUUUAACUUCCGACUUUUGUGAGCCCGAGGCUCGCGCCACUGCUCCGUGGCGCGGAAC